GUGGGUGUUUGUUGACACUCAUAACCUCUCAAAACGUUAUUUUUUGGUUGAUGAAGAGUGGAAGUUGAUUUAAGGAUAAUUACACGUCGAUAAUCACUCGAAAAUGGACGUUCAAAAGCUCUCGGUCCACACUUUGGUCUUCCGCUCGUUGAAACGUUCCCACGACCUAUUCCUCCACGAUUACGGAUCCCUCCCCCCUCUCGACGAGUCCGUUGAAAAUCAGAAGAAGACAAUAAAAGCUCGAGACUCCUAUGGCCCGAUAAUGGAGCGAGUCAAGCAGAACGUUCAGACGAAGCCCAGACCCUCUGAAAAUGACCCCGCAGACCCUCCGCCCCCUGGUGACGAGUCCUUCACGGCCUCUGAGAGCACCUCUGUCGUACCUUACACCCCACCGUCCACCCCAGUCGCCUCAGCCCUCGUCCCGGCCAAUCCCUCGUCGAACACUGUGACUCUCCCCAUCAAGAAGGCUCCAACGAUGGCUAAACCCAAGUGGCAUGCCCCCUGGAAGCUCUACCGAGUCAUCAGUGGACAUCUGGGAUGGGUUCGCUGUUGCGCAGUGGAGCCUGGCAACGAGUGGUUCGCUACAGGGUCUGGGGACAGAGUCAUCAAGAUCUGGGAUCUCGCCAGUGGAAUUCUGAAAGUCUCGUUGACUGGACACAUCAGCAGUGUCAGAGGUCUAGCUGUCUCUCACAGGCAUCCGUAUUUAUUCUCCUGCGGGGAAGACAGACAGGUGAAAUGCUGGGACUUGGAGUACAACAAAGUAAUCCGUCAUUAUCACGGUCACCUAUCAGCGGUCUACUCCAUGGCCCUUCACCCAACAAUCGACGUGCUGGUGACAGCAGGCAGAGACUCCACAGGCCGAGUCUGGGACAUGAGAACAAAAGCAAACGUUCACACUCUGGUGGGGCACACUAAUACCGUCGCCAGUGUCAUAUGCCAGGCGUCGGAGCCCCAGAUAAUCACUGGAAGUCACGACUGCACCAUUAGAUUAUGGGAUUUGGCUGCUGGAAGGACCAGGGUCACCCUGACGAACCACAAAAAGAGUGUUCGAUCAGUCUGCUUUCAUCCAACUCAGAACAUGUUCGCCUCGGCUUCUCCGGACAACAUCAAACAGUGGAAGUGUCCCGAUGGAACGUACAUCCAGAAUUUGUCCGGGCAUAACGCCAUUGUUAACUGUCUCGCUGUUAAUGAGGAUGGGGUGCUGGUCUCGGGGGCUGACAAUGGCACGAUGCAUCUCUGGGACUGGAGGACUGGCUACAAUUUCCAGAGACUGCAGGCUCCGGUGCAGCCAGGGUCCAUGGACAGCGAGGGGGGCAUCUUCAGCAUCACUUUUGACAUGUCUGGGACGAGGAUGAUCACUACUGAGGCUGACAAGACGAUCAAGGUUUAUAAGGAGGAUGACACCGCCAACGAGGAGACACAUCCGGUCAACUGGAGACCAGAUAUCAUCAAACGAAGAAAAUAUUAGUUGGACAGCAGUGAUUCCAGGGUUUGUGAGGCCAUUUUAUUUGCGGGCUUUUGUGUGUGGAUGGAAAUGUAUAAUUGUAAUUAUUUUAUGAAUAUAAGGAAUUUUUAUAA